AUGGCAACUCUACAAUUCACAUCUCCUUCCUUCAACCUAAUCAAACCAUUAACAAAGCAAACCAAUCUCCCAGCAUUGGAGUUGAAGAAACCCUGGUCGAAUACGUCGUCGAACCGGCAUUUUCGUCGUGUUACCCGGUCUUACAAAGUGUCAAUUGAGCAUGAAGGGAAGAUAACUGAGCUAGAGGUUGAACCUGAUGAGACAAUUCUAUCCAAGGCACUGGACUCCGGAAUGUCUGUGCCUCAUGACUGUAAGCUUGGAGUGUGCAUGACUUGCCCUGCUCAGCUCCUCAGUGGACAAGUUGAUCAGAGUGAAGGGAUGCUCAGUGAUGAUGUUGUGGAGCGGGGAUUUGCUUUACUCUGUGCAGCUUAUCCUAGAUCAGAUUGCAAAAUUCGGACUAUACCUGAGGAAGAGUUGCUUGCAAUGCAGCUAGCAACUGCCAAUGACUAA